AUAAGUAGGAGUGUUCUUAAAAUGGCGGAUGAUGUCCCCAUAUCUUUCUUUCCCACUGGUGGCCUCUACUUAAAGACACUAGCCAUUCUAAUGAUAGAAGUUCGUCUACCAGAGAUAAGAAACCCAGGACUCACUGUCUCUAACUGGGAGAUAAUGGAGAAAAUAAAAGAGAAGUCAAAACCAGUGGACUAUCAGAAUUUACGUGUUUCAUCAUCAGCAAGAGAACUUAUUAGGUUUGAAGGUGAAUUUGAAACAAUCAGAGCUUUACGUAAAGUUACACUACUUCUUAAUGGGAAGAGUAUUAAGAUUCGUGGAUUCCAUGAUGCCUUGAGGAUACGUGCGUACCAGUCUGAGAGUGAUCAUCCUACUCAAAUUCAUUGGGAAGGACACUUUAAUGAUAGAGGAGUCCCUUCAUUUGAUGAAGGUAAACCAGGAGAGAGAGCCGAUACAGUACAUAUCAAAGGACUUCCAGUUCGAUGGUUCUCAUCUAAAUCCUCAAAUGGGAGACCCUGUCCUAAG